AUGCGGCGCAAAAAUCCGAGCUUUCUCUCCCAACUCCCUUUCGCCCACACCAGCGACGGCACAUUCCACGUGUGGGAAACAGAGUCGUGGACAUGCCAGCAGUGGUCUGUGGGCGCACAGCAGAUCACCGCAGCAGCAUGGAGUCCUGACAGCCGUGUGCUGCUACUCGCAUUCCAGUCCACGCCCACCCUUGCCGCCGUGCACAUAGCCCGCUCGCCCCCUGCACUGGACAUCCAUGUGCUGCCUCUGGAGCUGCCAGAACUUGCCGCCCUCAUGAUUGACCCCAUGGUUCCACCUGAAUUAUCCACCUUUGGGGGAGUGCAGGACAUGGCAUGGGAUCCCACGGGCAGGCGUCUGGCCCUCUCCUUCUCGUCUGCGCGCAUGGACACGGCUGGACUGGUGGCACUCUUUGAUACUCACCUGGCGCCCAUCCUCACCGCCACCCUCCUGGGAGCAACCAGUUGCACCUCUUGCCAUGUCGUUCCGUCCAAACUUCAAGCACGGAGCCUUUCUGUCUGUUCUGUGGUCCUCUGGGUUCUGCCGGACAUACCCGCUGCUCUUCACAGGCUUCUGAGUGCCUCUUUAAAUGAAACUCGUGGUUUCAACAACUGGCGAUCCUUGAGCGCCACGUGGAGAGCCGCCGGCUCGCUAGUAGCAGCAAUGGGCGCGGGGCUUGUAUCGGAGACCCUCCACGCGCCCGCGUUCCUCGCGGGGUGGCGGCGGUGGCGCAUCAGCCGGUGGGGGAAGUCCGCCGUCGUCGACCCUUGCCUCGCCAUCUUCCGCCGGGGAGCGGAUCCGAAGCAGCUCGCCUUUUCUCUCUCCCUUGGCUUCGUCACCGGGCUCUUCCCUCUCUGCGGUCUGACAGCAGCGCUGUGUGCAGUGGUGGCGUAUGUGCUGCGCACCAGGAGCCAUGGUCCCACCAUGAUGUUUGCCACGUUCCUCGCCACGCCUGUGGAAGUCAGCCUCAUAAUCCCCUACAUGCGUCUGGGAGAGUGUCUAGCACGGUCGGACCAUCUCGCCAUCUCGCCCACAGCACUGAUCGCUGCGCUCUCCUUCUCUCACUCGGGGAGCAAGGCCUCCGCACGCCUUCUCCUCGGCCUGGUCCAUGCGGUGCUCGCAUGGCUGGUGACCGCCCCUCUGCUUGUCUGGCUCUUCUACCGCUUGCUGCUUCCCUUGGCGGUUCGCUUCACGAGACGAGCACCCCUCUCCCAUGUCACCACCGGUAUAGUCAUAGGCAGUAGCUCCAUGCUGGUGGUGUGCAUGUUGCUGGUAGCAGUGCAAGCAGCAUCACACAUCCCACACACACGCACGCUGUGCACUCGCAUGUGA